AGCACGACACGUGUAGUUUACUAUGUAUAUGCAUGCGGGCCGGGGAGCCUACCACGGGCACGCAGAGUGUGUACCAUAGUAGUAUAAGUAAACAUGUGGACUUUCUCUCUUUUUCUUUUUUUGCCUUUCCACUUGCAUCCGGACGACGUUUGGGAUGGCGAGGCAGCAAGAAGCUCCGAGAGCAGAUUCGAUUGCCUGGAUGGCCUGCUUUCGGAUAUGCAGGUCAUCAUUUACAGGCACCUACCCAUCUAUAUAGUACCCGGGAUGACGUAUAUUCUAGGCAAACCACUCGGCCGUACCUCAAGAACAAGAGCAAUGGAGCCGUACAAGAAUAAGACACUCAGGACCCGAGCUCCCGCGCCAUUGCCACAGUGCUCAGGAGAUGCUGUAUCCGUACAUACACUAGCUAAAUGAGUGGUGUAAACCAGAUGCUGUGGAUGCUGUAGGAAGCG